AUGGUUAGUCAGUCUGAUUUUCAAAAAAAGAAUGAACCUGAAGAGCAUGGACCUUCAGGUUAUAUAAAUAACAAAGAUGAUGUGGAUAGUUUUAAUAAAAAAGUACAUUCAGAUUUAAAUAAUCAACAACCAACUUCAAUUAAUACAGCCACUCAACCAAAACCACCUUCAAAAGAGCCUCCAAAAAUACCAAAACAAGAUCAACCUAAAAAGAAAGUUCAUAUAAGAGAUCAAUUGACAUUUUCUUGGGAAAAUGUAGGUGGAUGGGAUAUUGAUAAUACUGAAGAUAAAAAGAAAUUAUUAAAAAAUGCCAAAUCAGUUGAGAAUUAUAUAAUUGAUCAUUUUUAUGGUGAUUGGUAUUGGAAUACUUCUUUAAUGAUAGGAACUUGUUUUUUUGCUUGGUUUUUAGCAAGAUUAGGAGGAGGUAUAUUAUCAUUAGGAUUAGUAUUAUUAUUUACAAAUUCAGUAUAUCGAGGAGAAUUUAGAAGAUUUAAUAGGAAUAUAAGAGAUGAUAUGGCAAGAGUUAAAGCAAAUAAUAGAUUAGUUAAUGAAUUAGAAACUAUGGAAUGGAUGAAUUCAUUUUUAGAUAAAUUUUGGGUCAUUUAUAUGCCAGCAUUAUCUGAAACUGUUAUGUUUCAAACUAAUGAAAUUUUAAAAGAUCAAGCUCCUGGAUUUGGAAUAGAUGCAUUAUCAUUAGAUGAAUUUACUUUAGGUUCAAAAGCUCCUAGAGUUGAUUCUAUUAAAUCAUAUACUCAAAAAGGACAUGAUGUAAUUGAAAUGGAUUGGGCUUUUUCUUUUACUCCAAAUGAUACUGAUGAUAUGACAAAAAAUGAAAUCAAAAAGAAAAUUGAUCCAAAAGUUGCUUUAGGUGUAACUGUUGGUAAAGCAUUUAUUAAAAAAUCAUUACCUAUUUUAGUUGAAGAUAUGUCAUUUACUGGUAGAAUGAAAGUAAAACUUAGAUUAUCAUUGAAUUUUCCACAUGUUAAAAUGGUAUCUAUUCAAUUUUUGGAACCACCUACUAUUGAUUAUGCUUUGAAACCAGUUGGUGGUGAUACUUUUGGUAUUGAUAUAAUGUCUUUUAUUCCAGGUUUAUCUAAAUUCGUUAAUGGUAUCAUUCAUGCAACCUUAAGACCAAUGUUAUAUGCACCAAAUUCUUUGGAUAUUAAUGUUGAAGAGUUAUUAGAAGGUCAAUCUAAUGAUUCAAUUGGUGUGGUUGCAGUUACUAUAAAAUCAUGUAAAAAUUUGAAAACAGGUCAAACAACUAAACCAAAUAGUAUUAACCCAUAUGUUCAAAUUAAAGUUUCAAAUAAUGGAGAUGUUGAUGAAAGAACUAAAACCAAAAAAGAAGUUAAUGAUCCAAUAUUCUUAGAAACAAAAUAUAUCUUGAUCAAUCAAUUAGAUGGUAACUUUCUUAAUUUCAAUGUGUUUCAUUUAUUAGAGGAUAAAAUGGAUGACCAAUUAAUUGGUGAUUGUGAAUUUCCAUUAGGUGAAUUAUUACAAGAAGAAAAUUUCCCAGGAAUCACUAAGAAUAUAAUGGAAGGUGGGAAAGUUGUUGGUAAACUUAAUUUAGACAUUAAAUGGUUCCCUACUUUACAACCAAUAACUUUAGAAGAUGGAUCAAAAGAAGUUAUUACAGAUUCUGAAGUUGGUAUUAUGAAAUUAACAUUACAUGAAGCUAGAGAUUUAGAUAUUUCACAUUCUGUUAUAGGUUUAUUAAAUCCUUAUGCUGAAAUUUAUGUUAACAAUGAAAUGGUUAAGAAAUGUCGUAAAUUGAGACAAACAAAUGAACCUUCAUGGGAACAAUCUUUUGAAAGUUUAAUCACUCAACAAACUGCUACAUCCAUUCAAGUGUUAGUUAGAGAUACAGUUGAUAAUAACAUUGUAGCCAACCUCGAAGCUAAUUUACAGGAUAUUGUUUUUGAAAGUGGUAGAGGUCAACAAUGGCUUACUUGUCCAGCAAUUUCUGCCAAUGCUCCACCACCACAAAUUCGUAUUAGUGCUAGUUGGAAACCUUUAGCAGUUGAUGAAGAGACUAGUGCUAAAAUCAUAAAACCAGCUCCAAUUGGUGCUAUUAGAAUUCAUUUGAGAGGAGCAAAAGGAUUGAAGAAUUUAGAAUCAGUUGGUUAUGUUGAUCCUUAUGUUAGAAUAAUAUUGAAUGGUAAAUUAAGAGCCAAAACUGUAACAUUUGCAGAAACAGUAAAUCCACAAUGGAAUUCUGUCUAUUUCUUACCAGUCACCAAUCCUCAUCAACAUUAUUUAUUUCAAAUUAUGGAUGCUGAAGCAGAAGGUAAAGACAGAUCUUUAGGAACAGCUGCUGUUAAUGCUGCCGAUUUCUUAAGAAAAAACGAUGAAGGUUACUUUUUAGGUUAUGAUGGUUCACAAGAAAUUAUUGAACAACCAGUAUUAUUUGAAGCUGAUCCAGUUGGUACAUUAUUUUAUUCAAUUUCAUUUUUCCCAACAAUUCCAGCUUAUUCAUUAUCCGAAUUAAGAAACAAAGCUGAAUAUGAAGAAGAACAGAAAGCAAAAGAAGAACAAGAAAAGAAACAAUAUGAAAAAGAAGAAAAACUUUAUAAAGAAAAUCCAAAUGAAUAUGAAUGGGUUGAAACAGAAGAAGAUGCUAUGCCAGAACCACCAAAGAUUGAAGUUAAAUUAGCUGAUGCUAUUAAAUAUAGAGCUGGUGAUAUGGCCGUCCAUUUAUUAAGUGGACAUUUUGAUAAAAACGAUGUAUUUGUACAAACUCUUUUUGAUGAACAUGCUUAUCCAUCUGGAGUAUCACCAAUUGUUGAAAAUAAAAAAAUAGUUACUGCAUCAGUUGGAGAAACAUUUAUUAGAGAUUUACCAAAUUCAAAUUUAAUUUUUAGAAUUACUAAAAAAGCUGAAGUUGCAGAUCAAAAAGAUGUUAUUAUCGAAAAAACAUAUCAAACUAUUGACAUUUAUAAACAAUCUUAUAAAAAUCCUAUAAAACUUCAUCUUGGAGGUCGUAAUACUAUCGAAAUUCAAUUAGAAUAUUUCCCAUCAAUUGCUAAAUUAGCUCCAUUAGAUACUAUUUUAGAUGUUGGUAAAGUUAAAUUAGAACUUAUUGGUGCUAAGAAUUUGAAAUCAGUUGAUUCCAAUGGUAAAUCAGAUCCAUUAUGUGUGGUUUCAUUAGAUGGUGUUGAAAUUUAUAGAACUGAUAAGAAACGUAAAACAUUAGAUCCACUUUGGAAUGAAGCUGUUGAAUUCCCAAUGAUUUCAAGAUCAAGACAAGUGUUAUUAUUGGAAGUUUAUGAUUGGGAUUUAACACAUGAUGAUGAAUUAUUAGGUAUUGCAAAUCUUGAUCUUUCAACUAUUCCAGCUUUAACUACUACACCAUUCCAUGUUGAUCUUAAUACUCAAGGACAAUUAGAUUUGAGAGCUACUUUCUUCCCAGAAUAUGUAAGACCACCAUUGAAUCCUAAAGCUAUGAUUCCAAUUGAUCUUAAUAUGGUUAGUGAUGCACCAAUGAAAGCAGUUGGAAAUGUUACUGAUUUUGCAUCAAAUGCAGUUGGAAGUGGUAUUGGAGCAGCAGCAGAUGGAAUUACAAAAAGUCAUGGAUUAUUUAAAAGUCUUAAAAGUAGAAGAAAAGAUAAAUCUUCGAAACAUAGCCACAAAGGUAAAGAAACAGAAAAUGGUGAACAUGGUGAACAUGGUGAAAAUGAAUAUGAUGAAAAUUCUUCAUUUGCACCAAGUCAAACUAAUACAAGUGAAGGAAAAAGUUCAAAAUCAGCACAACAAAAACAACAAGAUGGUGAUAAUGAAGGAGAAGAUGAUAUACCAGAAGAAGAAAAAGAAUUUAGAAAAACUCAAGAUAAUGAAAUUUCUUCAAUUGUUGCUGCACCAAAUAUUCGUGAAGAUCCUUUACCACCACCUCAAAAACCAAUUUUUAAUCAAGGUCAUAAUAGAAAUGCAAGUAAUGCUACUGAAGCAAGUAGUUUUGCUGCUAGUUUGAAUGGACAAGAUGCUAUACCUGGUAGAUUAACAAUUGUUGAAGCAACAGGUUUUACAUCUGGUGGAGCAUUAGAAGUUAAAGCAUCAUUAAAAACUUCAACAAAAGAUAAAUCAUUAAUAAGAACAAGAACAUCAAAAUUAGAUAAACAUACAGAAACUUUUAAAUGGAAUGAAAGUGUACCUUUUAGAUCUGCUUCAACUGGUAAAAUUAUAUUUAAUAUAAGAGAACAUCAUACAUUUGGUAAAAGUGUUACUGUUGGAGAAUGUGAAAUAAAUUUGGGUCAAUUUGUAAAUGUUUCUGAAAAUAUUACUAUACCUGCCGGUAAAGGUAAUUUAAUUAUAAAUUUGAAAUAUUUCACUUAA